AUGUUUGAAGGUGGUGAAGAUAUUCACGCGCUAAUCUUCGAUCCGGGCCAGUAUUCCAUCCGCGUUGGAUAUGCCCAAGAAGAUACACCAAGAGCUGACAUUCCGGCCGUUAUUGGUGUGGCCCCAGAAGCUAAGUCGAACAACACUGCCUCGAAACCGGCGGAUCAACUCAAAUACUACACAGAUACAACGUUCCUCAACAUUUCUCGAGCCAACAGCGAAAUGAUAAGCUACAUGAACAACGGAAUAAUUGAAAAUUGGAACUUGUUUGAAAAAAUGUUGGACUAUUGUUACGCCAAUGUUAUUCAGUCGUCAGCAGAAAAUCAUCCAGUAUUCUUUACAGAUGCUCCGUUGAAUCCAAGAGUAAAGCGCGAGCAACUAACUGAACUGAUGUUUGAAAAAUACCAAGUACCCGCAAUGUAUAUGGCUACAAAUGCAGCUCUAGCAGCAUUUGCUAAUGGCAAAUUUAAUGCUUUGGUUCUGGACAGUGGAGCCUCGUAUACUACUGCUGUACCAAUUCUUGAUGGACUUGUCAUAAACAACGCAGUGGUAAAGUCACCAUUGGCCGGGGAUUAUAUAACUUUGAAAGCGACUGAAAUGCUCGAAUCUAUGGGCAUAGAUUUAACCCCAGCCCAUUUGAUUGCAAUGAAGGAAGUUGUUCAGGACCAAGAAAAACCGAAAUUUAUAAAAAAGACCUUCACUUGCCCACCCACUGAUUCGUGGAUGAAAUACAUGACUAAACGAACAGUUCAGGAUUUUCAACAAACUGCAAUUCAGAUUUCUGCUACAUCUCCAUCGCAUUAUGAAUUCCCCACUGGAUAUAAUCGACUCUUCAAUCAACAACACUCCCAGCUAACUGAAGGGUUAUUUAAUCAUGAAACUCUAGCCGUAGACAAAAUAGUUGUCACAAGCAUCAGCAAGUGUGACUUGGAUGUGCAACCGGCAUUGUACCAUUCCGUAGUGAUAACUGGAGGAAAUUCACUGAUGAAAGGUUUCACUGAACGUGUUGAGCAAGAAGUUAGAGCGAAAAUGCCUGCAGCUAUAAAGCUAAAAGUGAGAGCAGUCAAAGGGACAACUGAGAGAAGAUUUGAAGCCUGGACAGGAGGUUCAAUUCUGGCUUCUAUUGGCACAUUUCAACAACUGUGGGUGUCCAAACGGCAUUAUGAAGAGGUGGGAAAGCACCGCAUAAACACCCUAUAA